GGGCUGGGCGGUGGACGGGCGAGGGGGGCGGGGCGCGGCGGAGACCUCGGCCCCUCCCCUCGCCUGCUCAUUAGUGAGCCUCGCUCGCUGGCUGCAGCCCCACCGCCCCGCAGCCCCGCCGCCAGGACAGAGCGUGCUGAGCCCGCGAGCCCGCCGCCAGCCCCUCCGCCAGCAGGUAGGGAGCAUCCUUCCCUCCAGAGGUCACUCCAGAAAAAUGAGGAUAUUUAGUGUCUUUGCAUUCAUGGCCCACUGCUAUUUGCUGAAAGCAUUUACAAUCACAGUUUCCAAGGAACUGUAUGUGGUGGAGUACGGCGGCAAUGUGACCAUGGAAUGCAAAUUCCCAGUAGAAAAACAGUUAAACCUGCUUGCGCUAAUCGUCUACUGGGAAAUGGAGGAUAAGAAAAUUAUUCAGUUUGUGGACGGGAAAGAAGACCUGCAAGUUCAGCACAGCAGCUACAGCCAGAGGGCCCAGCUGCUGAAGGACCAGCUCUUCUUGGGGAAGGCCGCGCUUCAGAUCACAGAUGUGAAGUUGCAGGAUGCGGGGGUUUACUGCUGUUUGAUUGGCUAUGGCGGUGCUGACUACAAGCGGAUUACUUUGAAAGUUCAUGCCCCAUACCGCAGAAUCAACCAAAGAAUUUCUGUGGAUCCUGUCACCUCUGAACACGAACUAAUGUGUCAGGCUGAGGGUUACCCUGAGGCUGAAGUCAUCUGGACAAACAGCGACCAUCAAGUCCUGAGUGGCAAAACCACCAUCUCUAAUUCCAACGGGGAAGAGAAGCUUUUCAAUGUGACCAGCACGCUGAGAAUCAACACAACAGCUAAUGAGAUUUUCUAUUGCACUUUUCGAAGAUCAGGUCCUGAGGAAGACAGAAACAAUACUGCUAAGUUGGUCAUCCCAGAACCACUUCCGGUUCCAUCAAAUGAGAGGACUCACUUCAUGGUUCUGGGAGCUGUCCUGGUGUUUCUUGGUGUAAUCCCGGCAGUCAUUUUCUGUCUAAAGAGAAAUGGGAAAAUGAUGGAUAUGGAAAAAUGUGUCACCCAAGACAGGAACUCAAAGAAACAAAAUGCAAGUAUGAGUUAUGCCUGCCAUCAUCAGUCUCGAGAGAUACAAUCUGAAGAGACAUAAUCCAGCAUUGAAACUCCUGAUCUUAAAAGCAGGGAUUCUCUGGCCGUGGUUUGAGUUUGGCAGAGCGACGCGUGACCAGAGCAGCGCCGCGGGCCGGGCGAGCUGCCGAUGAUGCAGGACUUCCAGGCCCAAGCACUCAACUGUGGAAGCUGGGAGAGAAGAGGAAGAGAACAAAGCAAGAAGGAGCAGAGGGGGCUGGCUGCAAGGUCCUUCAGAACAACUGGGAGACUCAGGGGCAUCUAAGGGAGAGAGAAGGGAUGCUCCUGAAAGAUGAGCCCCCGUGCAAAUCGCCCAUCGCUCAUCCAAGGCAAACAAGUUGUGAUUCCCCGACUUAAUGGUCAGUUCCUGCAGAAGUGCCCUUGGCCUUCACUCAGUGUCUCUGCUUGUUGUCUGUGUGACUGAGAGUCCCAGUGUUGCAACAGUAUUUAAGUAUGGGAUUUUCACUUAUUUUGAGUCUUUGGAGUCUUGUCAUGUGAGUGUGGUCGUGGAUGAUUUCUUUUGAAGAUAAUCUGUAGCAGAAGUUAGAAUUUUGUCACGAAACUAAAUUUACUGCUUAGUGAGUUGUGCAUGCUCAGUAAAAUGUGUAGUAUUGAUGAGGUGCUUGGUAUCCUCCACAGCUACCAGGACAUAGGAAGCGUAGAGAGCAGAUCUGUGGUUUAUAUAGGAUAUUACCUUGUUUAACCCACCAGUACUUUGGUUGACUCGAAUAAUCUUAUUUUCAGACCCUAAGGUAAGAUAUGUCACUGCAGUAUCUGUUCCAUUUUAAAUGUCAGCGUUAUCAACUAUGUGGCAUCCUACACACAGAAUCUCAUUUAAUGCCUAGGAUAGCUAUGUUGUGGUAAGCACUGUUAUCAUACCCAUUUCACAGCUGAGGGAGCAGAGAGCUAAAGUAACUCGCCUGAGUCAGUAAAUAGCAGAUCUCAGAUUUCUACAACUGUCACUCACUGUCCUUUUAGGAUAUAGUCUAGAGCUGUGUUUUGCUUUAAGAAAUUCAUUCAGCAAACAUUUAGGAAGCACCCAUGUCACUAGGCCAGGCAGUGACUGAGCAAGACAAAGAACCUCUCUUUUAGGAGCUCAGAGUAUCACGGGGGAGACUGAAAAGGAAAUUCAUUAUUACAGCUUAGUGCAGUAACAUGACAUAAGGUGUUGGGGGAGAAAGAUGGCGUGGAGAGGAGAGACUAGAAAGGCUCCCUAAGGGAGGGCUUGCCCUGGGCAGUCCGUCAGGGUGUUCCUUGGAAGUCCAAAAUACAUUUUUAAAAAUAUUUUAUUUAUUUAUUUGAGAGAGGGAGACAGAGAAAGAGAGCAUGAGCGGGGGAGAGAGGCAGAGGCAGAGAGGAAAGUAGACUCCCUACUGAGCAGGGAUUCCGACAUGGGGCUCAAUCCCAGGACUGUUCAAUCACAACCCCAGCUGAAGACAGACACUUCACCAUCUGAACCACCCAGGCGCCCCCCAAACACAUUUUAAUCAAACUGAUUUUAGUUGAUGAGAACAAGUCAGUAUUUUCUUAAAUUGUGGGAAAUCACUCUUGAGCUCCUUUUCUAUCAUUAUAUUUAUGUUUGAUUUGUUUGCCUUUGCCAUGCCAUCUGACGUUUAUGUAUAUGGUGUUGUUAUUGUCCAGCAGUUCUCUCUUCUUUUAUUUAAGUGCUGCUAAAAUUUGAAUUCAUACCUUUCUAUGAUUCAAAAUGCAGAAGGUCCAAGAGGAGACAUUAAAAAGUCCUCAUUCCGUCUUCCUAGCCAGAUGGGUUUUCCUUUCCAGAAGCAGCUACUCUUGCCUUUUGUUCUUGUAAUCUUCUAAAGAUAUUUGAUAAUAUACGUAGAAACAUAUAUAAAAGGUAUAUUUUUAUUCACAUAAAUGGUAACACACUAUUUGCCUGCUGUGCACUUUGCUAUUUUUAUUUACUGUAUUAUUUCUCAUGGGGCUGUUGGAACAAAUGUGAAGUUCCCAGAGGCCAGACACUAUCUCUUAUUUAUUUCCAGAUCAGCUUUUCCAUAGCCUGUUAGUAUCUUUUAUAAGACUUAGUACAUGCUAAAUAUGUACUUCAUUGACAUUUGGAUGACAAGUUAUUGUUGACUGAUUGCUCUAUGACUGAGUUUGGAUUUGGUUUAUUUUGUGUUCCUCAUAGUGAGACCAUUGGGUUCUCCAGGGUACCCUGGGUCAACCUGGUCCUAAAAAGGCUGACUUUAUUUCUAAUUUUAUGUGACAGAAUCAUGUCUGGAACUUGUGUUUUUUUCCUAUCUGUUUUCUCUUGAGUAAAAACUAGACUUUGAUAUUGUGUUCGUAAAAUGACAGGAGUGGGUGUUGUGUUGUGUUGUGUUGUGUUUUUUGGAAAUUUCAGUAAUGUACCUUGACUCCUACCUGUGCUAGAAAAGGCCAUGAGCUGUGCCGGAACCCCUGAGUCCUACCAGUUCUCAUCACUACAUAGAUCUAAGAUGUUGUGUUUCAAAGGCUUUGAGGUUCCCAUGCCUCCCAGGAGGUCCCAGCAUAUUCCUGCUCUCUUGGCCAUUUACCUGGGUUAUCGACAAAGAGAACCUUUGUUUUGCCACCUGUCAAGGCUGAGGAAACAGAAUCUCCGACAGAACUCCUGUUGUCUUUUUGUUCAUGUUCAUCUGUACAGCAUCCCUUGUUUGCAUGACGAUAUCCUUUGUGUGAAGUGUAAGGGAGGAUUCUGGGUGAGCCGGAGUACGCUCGAUUCACUCCAUUCCUAAAUGUUAAUGUCUCUUAUGUGUUGGAUUUGAAAGGCACUUUAUCCCCUUGUCUUGUGUUUCACUCUCAAUGGCUUGGCAGAGAGGCAAUUAUUUAGUUCUACAUUUUAAUUGUCAUUGUUUACACCUGCAUUAAUUUAAUAAAAUAUUCUUAUUUAUUUUGUUCCUUGGUGCA